AUGGGCGUUUGCAGUCUGAUCCUGUGCAACGAGCGCAAUUGGUGCUAUGGCAACGGCGCAGCAUACUGCUUGAUUUGGGCAGUCUUGUGCCUUGAAUCACCCAGGCGCAGUUUUUGGGGUGCACACUGUGAGGAACUGAUUGCUUUUGUACGUCAGCAUGCCCAGAAACCGGCUGUGCUGGCUGAAACUCCAUGGUUCCAACACAUUUUGUGCAAUUGGGGAGGCGAGCAUGACCAGAAGGACAGUGCAGAAUGCACGCGCAGACUUCUGACUUGGCUGCAACCUGCAGCCAUCGACAUGCGUUGGGAAAGACGGCUGGAAAUGAGUGGAAGCAUUGUUCAGAUGGAUCAGAUGGAUCAAAAUACCGCUUUUACACCAAUCACGCUGACCAUUUCACAUCAGAUGCAUGCCUCUGGCACUGGCCUGAUUUCUGACAUGAUCACUGCCUGGUGUCAGGAGCAAGACAUGCGAGCUGUGCUGCUGGAUGAUGGAAUGGAUGACACCACCAUUCAGGAGAACGACAUGAGACCAGCACUGCCACAAUUGACAGGCCUUUCCAACCACAGAUUGGACGAGUUGAAAUACUGGAUGACCUUGCAACAUGUCCACAUUGCUGUGAUCACAGAGACCAGAUGGUCCUUCCAGUUUGUGCGGCCAGGGACCUACGAUGGACUGAACCAGUUCCGGGACGCCUUGUCCAUGUCCGUCUGCAAGAGCCGUGCAGUGUCUGUGGCAGGCCCCUUUCCUGCCAGUGCAACCGCAUGGACACGCGAAUUUUGCAUGCCUGGUUUCAUGCCACCCAAUUUCACAAACUCACCAGACAUCACCGCAGGUUUGCCAAGCAACUACGCCGCCAGCGUUUUGAAGAGAGUGCCGUUUACGGUGAGUGAAUUGACAGCUGCACUGAGACUGAUUCCGUCCCAGAAGGCUACAGCUGCACCAUGUGCCCCUGGAAUUGUUUGGAACUCAUUAGCAGAGACCAUUGCACCAGUCCUUCAUGCCACAUUGACCAAAUGGUGGGGGCAAAACCCACCCUGGAUACCACGACAGUGGCGUGCGGGAUGGCUCCAGCUAAUCCCCAAACCUUCCAAGCCACCGACGAGACCACAGAAUUUGAGACCCUUAGCUCUGCAAUGCCCCCUGGGUAAAGCCGUUUUGGGCCUUUUAAUUCAGAAAGCAGUUUCCCAAGCAGAUGCAGCCUUCAGACCAUGGCCGCUUUGGGCCUUCAUGCGAUCCCGCUCGACACAAGACCCACUGCUUCAAGUGGCAAUGCAUUGCAGAGACACCCGGACACUGAUACAGAGCCAACGCUCCACCCCACACUCCAGAGCGGUCUCAGCAGAGCGAUGGACCAUUUGCACAUUCCGAGAUCCACAAGAGUUUGAUUAUUUGCUGCAAGCCAUUGGCAUUCUUUUUUCAUUGCUCCAAGAGUUUGACAUGACCCUGAACCCAAAUAAGUCAGUGGCCAUCCUUGCAUUGCACGGACCAAAGAGUCGAAAGACCAGAGCGGCCUGCGUGAAGCGUGACCAUCGAGGCGAUUUGCUGAAAAUCCCUGUCCCCACUCAGCAACAUGUGUUGAUUCCGAUCAAAGACAAAGCCACAUACCUGGGAUGCAUCAUGAGCUAUCAUAGCUUUGAGGCUGCCUCCUCAGUGCAACGUGCUGAGACUGCACUCUCUGGCGAGGCCUUGAUUUCUGGACCUGACCUUUGCACUGGCACCCCUGCUGCCCUGACCAUGACAGCAAUGUGCCCAUCUCGAGCUGAUGUCUCGAUGAGAGGCACCCAGAUGUUGAGUGAUGCAGACCUGAGUUUGAUCAAGAGCAAACCUUGGGGCAACCGCCUGUUGCAGCUCAUUGCAGAUGACACCCUUGACUUGCUUGAAAAAGAUCAUGAGGCAUGUGGGUACCUCUCCAGAUACUGCUGUAUUUGUGGACAGCACUUGAGCCGCACGCAGGAUACUUCAAGAGCCAUCAGUGUCCUGUUUGGACCCAAGUUGCUGUCUUAUUACUUCAUGGUGGUGGAUUGCAUGCGCAAGAAAGUGGCCCUCCUGAGGCAGAUUGCUAUGCUGUACUACCGCCUUGACAGUGUCCCCUUCAUGCCAGUAGAGACCACUGACCAGGUCAUCAGCCAGAUGUUGCACUGCUCCAUCCCCCGAGAAUUACGUUUCAAUGUUUCCAAGCUUUUUGCAGAUCGAGCAUUCAGUGACCUUUGGACCAACACUGAGGUGACUCAGCUCCUGCGACGUUGCUGCAUGCAGUGUGGCCAAGAACACCCUGCUGGAAUGCUCUGCCGCCACAUCCAUGAGGCACAUUUGAGUGGACACCGUUUUGUAGAAUUUUAUUUCGAAACGCUGGUGCCUGCAAUCUCCAAGAUUCUGCAUUCAGAUUUUCAAUGUGACCUCUGCAGCCAAGUUUUCAACCUGCCGCCUGAUGCAACCCAACCGGCACUUUCUGAACCUCGGGCAGUCUUGGUCCAAACCCAUCUCAGAGGGAACUGCCCGGGAGACUUGGCUAUGAAUGGAGUGGACCAGAGCUCCCAGGCCCAAAUCAGGGAGACCUUCCAGUUUUUGGCACCGCUGCUGGACCAAAGUCUGAAGCUGCAGCCAAAUCCGAAAGCACCGAAACAACGUCGCACCGACGACAGGAACCAACAAGAUCUACCAGAUCACGGUCCACCCGCGGCAGACCCACAGAGACUGAUGCAAUACCUCCAAGCACUGGGCCAUCUAGUGCUGCGUCAAGAGCACAGCUUGAGCUUGCUGCAAAGCACAGACUCUUUCAUCCUGUUUUUCCAGCAGGACAAAGAGGGCUCACUCCAGAGCUUGCUGGUGGAGACACAGAAAUGGCAUCAGAAACGCCUCCAGGAACCGGAGAUGGUACAAACCACCCUGCGCCAACACCUGUGCCAGCACCUUCUUCAGGACCUCUUGAACCGGGUCACGAAGGUAUCAGAGCAAGCCGGAGGAUGCCCUGUUCCGCCUUUGCCGGGAGAAGAAUCUCAUCCUGGAGGACAUGAGCUGGCCUUUUCUGCGCUGGGACACGGCCAAGAAGCUGCUGGUGAUAGACAAGAAGAAGGCCAUCACGAUGCCGAAGAUGUUGGAGCAUCUGACGGAGCUGGUGGAGGAAUUUCGGGACCCGGCCCUUGUGGUGCGAUUCCAGGGGCUGGCAACAAGCAGCCCGCAGACGGCAGUUCCAUGGAAACUCCAGCUGAACUUGCGCUACAACAGGCCCUACGACCUGCUGGUGGCCAUGACGCACUCCUCGGUGUGGAUGGUGGCGGGAACGUCCCUGAAGAUUCACACACCACAACAAAGUGGACUGGCAAAGACGGUCCAGAGCCUCUUGCCCAAGGGGCGGGGACGAGGAAAGGGCUCGGGGAAGUUCCAGGUCAACAGUGCCUGUUGACGAAGGGGUCGGGCCCGCCGUUGACACACACAACACACACACACAACACACACACACAACACACACACAACACACACACAACACACACAACACACACACACACUAGACAAGAAUGGAUCAUUAUAUGA